GAUUUCGUCCCCUCCUUCCCGGGAACUUUUAUUGUACGGAACUGUUGUCCGGGUGAAGGUUGUCGGCCGGACGGGUUGAGGAACGGUACCGGCGAGGCCUGCGGAUUGAGGUCGCGCCGGGGGUCGAAGGGAUGUGGGCUCCGGGGCUGCGGCGGCUGCUGACCCGAGUCCAUCAUUGUGCCUUCUGGUGGCCCAAGCUCCCCAACACGGUGCUGCACCAGCACUUCGUCCGCUGCACCCAGUGCAGAGGGAGCCAGCACACUCUGGCUGAAUUCCAGCGCCUCGACUGCGCGUCUCCCGACCCAGACGCCGAUGACCUUGAUGAGCUCUUCGCCCCUGAGCAGCGGGAGGUGGUGCUGCGGGUGCUGAACACGGCCUCCCGCGAGGAGCUGGCUGGCAUCAAAUUGCUGCGGGGUAGGAAGUCGGCCAACAUCGUGGACUACAGGGAGCAGCACGGACCCUUCACCCAGCUGCGGGGCCUGCUGGAAGUGCCUCUCUUCAAACACAAGACUAUAAAGAAAGUGUGUCAGUCAAUCCUGAACCCCUUACAGGAGACCGGCAGACAGGAGAAGAAAUUCCACGGGCUCAAGUUCAUCAAACCCGAGGUGGAAAGGAAUCGGCUUUUGGCUGCAAACACCAUCGUGUCGGUCGUGUUUGGAAUCCGUAAGAUUGCGUGGGCCUACGUGGAUCAGAAUCUUACCGUCCUGGACUGGAAUCAGGAGGAGAGUCACCGGUACAUGAAGGGCCCAUAUUUGCCUUCCCUGUACCUGGAGGAGAUUUCCUCGGCUGUGUCAAAAAUUCCCAAAGCUGAUUUCUUCGUCUUGGAGAAGCCGAGCAUCUCGAUUCAGAACACCAAACUGUUCCCGGUGACACUACACCUGCGCACCAUCGAGGCCAUGCUACACGGCCUACUGGGCGCCGGUUACCCCGAUGACAGGCAGCACCGAGUGCUAAGCAUGGCGCGUACUGCCAUCGGCAAGCAUUUCAAACUGAUGGUGGGUGAGGCCCGCACCAGUGGCCGGGAGCUCGUACAGCAGUUCAUGGUGGACUCGGUAACAGAGGAGCACCCACGGGUGCUGUUCCCCCGAGAUGCACUCCCCCGUUACCGGAGGCUCUUUCAGAAAUCAGAUCGUGGAGAGGAACUUUGUGAUGCUUUAUUGCAGGCAGUUGCCUUCUAUGAAUUUCUCUUUAAUAAUUCUUAAGUGACACUACACUGGCAUCUGGAGGCUUACAGAGGGGGAUUUCUGUAACUUGCCUCUCAUCCCGCCUCACUGACUUGUGAUUGUCCUGUACUUCGUCACACCUCUGUUAAUCAUGCACAACGCUGGAUUGUUGGGCUGACUGGUAAACUGUAGGUUUUACAGUUGUGUUGAGUCUGGGCAAUCAUUCGGUCCCUGAUCACCCAGCCCUAUUCUGAGUGACGUUGAUCAAAGGAUCAUUACUGGUCAAAACACUCUCGGGAAAAGGCUGAUAGGGCCUUUAUUAGACCUCAACCUGAAAUGUGGCACCUCUGCCAUUCCAGUAAUCUCUCGGUGCUGAGAAUCUGUUUCAUUCUGUGGAGAGGGUCUUGUACCUUCUCAGGGGCAGGAACCACAGGCUAGACUGGAAGAAGAUCAGUGUCUCCUGGGAUAUCUCAGGCCAGGACAGAGCUGUGCAGUGUGUGGGGAAUGCAUUGUACAGUGUCUGUGUUUAAUGUCAUCCCCCUUCAUAGUUGCUGCCUGAUUUACUGAGUUUCUACAGCACUUUGUUUGUGUCACUCCCCUAAGGUCUGUUAGCUUAGUAUCAUGGUUUUUGAUGAAGGCUACAUUGGGAAUUAGUCAUCUUAGAAUCUGGCUGAGGAUUGAGGCUGUAGGGAAAGGUGAAAUUUAACAGUAACAUACACAAAAUGCUGGAGAAACUCAGCAGGUCAGUCAGCAUCUAUGGAGAGCAAUGAAGAGUUGACAUUUCGGGCCAUAAACCUGACCUGAGUUCCUCCAGCAUUUUGUUUGUUACUCUAGAUUCCCAGCAUCUGCAGAACCGCUUGUGUUUAUGAAGUUUAACAGUUCCUCAUUUAAUGUCUCAGAGUUUGGAUUAAAACUUGAGUUCAUGGGGCCAACCAGAUGACCCCAUGAACUCAAGUGAGCAAUCCCAGGCCUGGGCUGAAUUAACUGAGCCCAGUUGGAACAACAGGUUGCUGCAGGUCCAUCUGUGUGCUGGACUGGGAUGUGGGGCAGGAGGAACUGGACUUCUGUACUGAAUUGAUGUCAGGUGGAAUCUAACUUAAUCUUCAUGAGGGCAUGGAGAUGUGUCAACUUCCCCACUGAAUAUCAGCCUUUUUUCCGAAUGUGUUCUGACAUUGAACAAUUCACAGAACUGGUGUGGGUGUUACUGAUUUAAACCCUGCUCUGCAGUUUCACUUCUGGUUUGAUUUGUCUCCUUCACACUUUAUUGGGUGUGAAGCACUUCGGGAUAAAAAGAGAGAGAAGCAACAAAUGGGAACGCCCUGAGGGAAUACAGAAAUACAAAUCUUUAAAAUUCUUAAAUUCUAAAGAUGUAUAUCAGCCUCAGGUAAUUGUAUUGUUUUACUUUAUUUAUCAUUAAACGAGUUCACUGGAGUUCCUACCGUUUUAUUUAUUUACUUUGGACUGUGGGAGGAAACCAAAGCACUUGGGGGAGACUGACAUAUUCCACAGGGAGGACAUAGACUGCUUACAGAUGACGUUGGAAAUGAACAUUGACGCUCCAAGCUGUAGUAAUGUCGUGCUAACUGGUAUGCUACUGUGACGUCUGUUAGUAAAUAAACCAAAGCCACGUGGAGCCCGAGUGUUGGGUAGGAUGUACUCUGACAGGUUGGGCUGUGCGGUGACACACUUGCGUGGCAGGUCAGGAUAAUUCUCCGAUUCUGUUAAACAGCAGCAUUGAUGCAGCUUGGUAAGUCAUAAAGUGCAGAAACAGGCUCUCCAGCACAUAGUCUCUGCUACACCAUUCUGCCUUGUCCUAUCAGCCUGCAC